AUGGAUAGACAACCAGCCAAUUACUUCGGCGCAGGCCCUGCCAUGCUGCCCACGGAUGUUUUGCAGCAGGCCGCACGCGACCUAAUCAACUUCCAGGGGGUCGGCCUGGGCAUUGGGGAGAUUUCGCACCGGUCGAAGGAGGCUGGGGCGGUCAUUGAGUCCACCAAGGCGCACGUAAGGGAGCUGAUGGGGGUGCCGGACACGCACGAGGUGUUCUUCCUACAGGGCGGCGGGACUACGGGGUUCUCGUCGAUUGCGGCGAACAUGGCUGCGGCGCACGUUGCGCGGACGGGGCAGGCUGGCACGGCGGCGUACCUGGUGACUGGGUCGUGGUCUGCCAAGGCUGAGGAGGAGGCUGCGCGACUGGGUCUGGCGACGGAGCGGCUGGUGGAUGUGAAGCGCGCGCGGGGCAAAUAUGGCAGCAUUCCUGCCACGGUGGAGUGGAUUGGGAGUCUUUCACGUGACAAACACUCGUACGUAUACCUGUGUGAGAAUGAGACCGUGCACGGCGUGGAGUGGCCUGAGGUGCCGGAGGAGCUGGUUGCCUGCGGCGUGCCAGUGGUUGCGGACCUGUCCUCGGACAUUCUGUCGCGGCAGAUCGAUGUUGGGCGCUACGACUUGAUCAUGGCGGGAGCGCAGAAGAACAUUGGGCUGGCGGGCUUGACGAUGUAUAUUAUCCGCAAGCGCCUGCUUGAGGAUAUUUCCAGCGUCUCUGACGAGAAGCUAGCUGCCGCUGGCGUGCCACUAGCGCCAAUUGCAACGCACUAUCCGACUGCUGUGGCGAACAACUCGGCCUACAACACAAUUCCGAUGUUCACUCUGCAUAUCAUGGAUCUUGUCUUUCAGCGGCUCUUGGAGCGGGGUGGGCUACCCGUGCAGCAAAAGGAGAAUGCCGAGAAGGCGCGUACCUUGUACAAUGCCCUCGAUAAGUAUCCGGACUUUUAUUGUCUGCCCGUCGAGAAGGACGUGCGUUCGUUGAUGAACGUUGUGUUCACGCUCAAGAAGGAGGGCCUUGACGACAAGUUCUUGGAGCAAGCGAAGGUGCGCGGUUUGUCUGGCUUGAAGGGCCACCGUUCUGUGGGCGGUUUCCGCGCUUCGUUGUAUAACGCAGUGGACGUCUCCAGCGUGCGCAAGCUAGCGAAGUUUGUGGAGGAGUUUGCGCAAGAGAAUUCGUAG